ACUCGCGACUCGCAAUUUCAAAGCUGUCAAAAUAUAUCCGUUUUUGUUUGAAACUUCGCGUUUGUGAAUUGUAAACAAUAAGUGAAUCGAAACAACAUUUUGAAUAAUAAAUUAUGUGAUUUAUAUUGGAUAUUGAAUCAUAGCCAUGGAAUCCGACAAUGAGACUUUGGAGGAAAAGACGGAGCAUCUUAUGAACGUGGUGGUGGAGUCACGGAAGAGAUUCGGCAAGAUGUGUAUAGACUACGAGCGGAAGUCGUCACUCAUGGAGAAUAAAAUACUCAACAUGCAAUUGGAAACCAUUGCCAACUACAGAUUUAAGUCGAAGAACCUAGUAUCAGACAUUAAUAUAGAUGAAAUGACGAACGACAUAGACACCUUCUCCAACGAGCUUCUGGAAAUGCAGCAGAGGGUGGAUAAUCUGAAACGGAACAUCAAAAACACACAAGCCGUCGUCUUCCAAUUAAAAGCUGAUAGAAUCGGCAAAAAGCUUCAAAUUCCUCUCACAGCGGAUGCAAUGCUCGCUAAUGCAAAGAAUAAAAUUAAUUUAUGAUC